UUACCUUUAGUUUCGUUAAAGUUUUCAAGCGGAAAACAUGUUUCGAUCCAAGUGAUUCGAAGUGAUUCUUUGUUGUUUAUUUACAUUUUAGUUUUAAAAACAAUGUAAAGUGUAAUUUAAAUAAUAAUCGUAAUAUGUUACUGUGUUCGUGUACAAAAUGAAAGUUAUAGAAGCAAAAAUCGUAGUUUUAGGUUCGCAAGGUGUGGGCAAGACCAGCCUGGUGGUCCGCUACAUCGGCAAGAUGUUCUCCAAGCACAUCUCGCCGACGAUAGGCGCCUCCUUCUUCACCUGCAACAUCAAUCUAGAAAAUGCUAGAGUCAAACUACAGGUAUGGGACACGGCUGGUCAGGAGCGGUUCCGGUCCAUGGCUCCGAUGUACUACCGGAACGCAAACGCCGCGCUGCUGGUGUUCGACAUCACCAGCGUCAACAGCUUCCAGGCUAUUAAAGGAUGGGUUAAGGAGCUGCAGAGUAACGUCCCAGAAGCCAUGGUCCUGUCCGUGGUGGGCAACAAGAGCGACCUGCAGCAGCUGCGCGCGGUGCAGGCGGCCGAGGCCGCGCACUUCGCCGAGAGCAUCGGCGCGCACUACGUCGAGACCUCCGCCUUGCACGAACCAGGCAUCGACCAGGUGUUCCUGAGCACGGCGUCCGCGCUGCUGCAGCUGUCGCCGUCGCUGCCCUCGCUGCGCUCCUACGACUCCGAGGCCGAGGACCGAGUGCCUGCAGGUAUGCCUACAGAGGAGGACGCGACCCACACCGGGAAGGUGGAGCUGCCCGCCUGGAGCAUCGACAGCAUCGCGCACGGACAGGUGCAGAAGAGUUGCUGCUGACAGCAACCUGACAGCAAUGUGGAGAAGAGGAACUGCUACUGACAACAAUAGUAUAUGAUAACAGUAGAUGCUGACACAGAAGAUAACUUCAAAGACUUGUUCAAGUUACCAAGGUUACGGAUAAUACUAUGAAAUAUCUUGAUCUAGACAAUACAUCAUCAUCAUCCAUUGCUGCUUCUUGUGCCAAUUGCUACGGUCCUGUGCCAGCCUCAUCCAGAGUCGACCCGAGACCUUCACUAUAUCGUCUAAUCAUAUUGCUCCCGGACGAAUGACGCUUUUUCUUCCUCUAACACAAAAAAAAAUCAAUUUGAAGAUAAUGUUGACUGGUCAGAUGGUGCAGAGGUAUUAACCUUGGUUUAUAGAUAACCUAAUGGAUA